AUGCUGCAAGUCGUUCGCGGCCCGCGCGGUCGCGGAUUGGCCGUGCGACGGGCCGUGCGAGAGGGCGAGGUGCUGCUGGACGAGGCGCCUCUGCUGCUAUACGUCGACGACGAUGUGUGCGACGACUACUGCUCGCACUGCCUGCGGUGCCUCCCCUCCGCUACCAGCCCCGCGGAUGCCGCCGCCCCGCCCUCCCCCCUCGCCUCCGCCACCCCCCUUCGCUGCCCCCACUGCCGCAUCUGUUCCUUCUGCUCCCCCGCUUGCCUCGACCAAUCACAAGCGGCCACGCACACCCCCUUCCUCUGCCGCGCGCUCUCCCGCCUCCCCCCUCGCUCCGCCACUUCAGCUUCCGCCGAUGGUGGGGCAUCCGUGCCACCGCCAAUCAACGAAGAGAGGCCAGAUGACACGUCAGCUGGGGGCGACGCGGACAGUGAAUCAGCCCUGCUGAACAGCGAGGACAGGACAGCUGUCCGUUUUCUAUUGGCUGCGUACGACCUGCUGGUGCAUCCCUGCGUGCUUCCCCCUUUGGCGGAGGCAGUAUGGGGGGAGGAAUUGGCGCAGAGAGCAGGCGGAAGGGGCAUUAAGGGGGAGGUUGGGAGGGGAGGGGAGGGGGCUGAGGGAGGGACAGGGGGAGCCAGCGGGAGGAGGACGUGGAACGAUUGCUUUGCGCUGCUGAUGGCGCUGGAUGGCGGGGACGAGGGGGAGGGCGGGAGAGGCGGGGAUGGGGAUGGAGAGAGAUGCAAGGAUGCAACCAAUGCAGCUCCUGCUGCUGGGGCUGAUGGCGCUAGUGCCGGCAGCAGCAGUGCAGAAGCGGUUGGGGCGGCAGGGGACGCGAGCAAGGAGGAGGAGAGGGCGCGGGCAAGGCGGGUGCACGAAGCAGUGCUGCGAGUGACACACGACUGGACCUGGCCUGCUGGGCCCACAGUGCUUGCCGCUGCAGGCUCUAGUGAAACCGCCACCCGGGAUGGCACAAGCGAGGGUGCGCAUGCGGGGUUCAGCACAAGCGCUCCUUCAUGGGAGGUGACGCGUGCGCUGCUGGCUCGAGACACACGCAACAGCUUUGGAGUGAUGGCGCCGUUCAGCCCGCGGGGUGAGAGGGCUGUGCGGGGGUAUGCCAUGUACGGCGCUGCUUCGCUGGCCAACCACUCGUGCUAUCCCAAUGCCUGCAGCCCCCUCUCCCUCUUUAGCCCCCUCUCCCUCUUUCGCCCCCUCUCCCUCUUUCGCCCCCUCUCCCUCUUUAGCCCCCUCUCCCUCUUUAGCCCCCUCUCCCUCUUUAGCCCCCUCUCCCUCUUUCGCCCCCUCUCCCUCUUUAGCCCCCUCUCCCUCUUUCGCCCCCUCUCCCUCUUUAGCCCCCACUCCCUCUUUCACCCCCUCUCCCUCUUUCCCCUCUCUCCCUUUUCCCCCCUCGCCCUCUUUCGCCCCCUCUCCCUCUUUCACCCACUCUCCCUCUUUUGCCCCUUCUCCCUCUUCCAUCCCUUCUCCCUCUUUCCCCUCCCCUCCCUCUUUCGCUCCCUCUCCCUCUUGCAUCCCCCAAUUAACCUCCCAGUGCGGGCGAUGCGGGACCUUGAGUGCGGCGAGGAGGUGGUGGUGUCGUACUUCCCCCUCGGCUGGCGCCUGGGGGAGCGCAGUGCGCGGGUGACAGAAGAGUACGGGUUUGAUUGUGGUUGUGAACGGUGCGAGCUGGAGAGACGGAUGGGUGGUGAUGAGAGUGAGGAGGAGGAAGGGGAGGAGGGGGGGGAGGAGGGGCAGGAGGGGUGUGAUGAAGGGGAGGAGGAUGUCGCAGGGAGCGAUGGAGAGGAAGAGGAAGAGGAAUCAGAUGAGGCAGAUGGGGGAGAAGAGGAAGGUGGGGGAGGGGAGAGAAGCAAGGGCAAGGAAAUAGCUGGGAGUGUGGCAGGGAAGGGAGUAGCGGACAGGAAAGGCAAAGGGAAAGCAGCAGAGGAGGAGCAUGCUGACGAGGCGGACGGUGAUGCUGACAAGGAUGACAGUGACGAGGACGGGGAUGGGCAGGCUGCUGACGUGUCAGAUGCUGAGCUGGCACAUGCGCUGUUCUUCAUGAAGCAUCUGUGUGCCGUGGAGGGGUGUGGCGGCACCAUGGCUGCCAAGCCAGGGCGGUGGAUGGGAGGAGGGGGAGGAGGGGGAGGGGGUGGUGAGGGUGCAGGGCAGUAUGAGGUGGCGGAUGACAUGGAGUGUAACAUGUGCGGUGCGUUACAGUCUCGACGUGAGCUGCUGAACGCUCUGUGCUCCUAG